AAGAAGAUCCUGGAACUCAUGUCCAACAUCAUCCAGCUGCUGACUGGAGAGGUUGCCAUAAGGACUCAUGAUGUUUCCAUCUAUUUUUCCUUGGACGAGUGGGACUAUAUAAAAGGAAACAAGGACCUUUACAGGGAAGGGAUAAAGGAGGAGCCCCAGAAGCUACGCCCAAUGGAUAUACAGAAUACCGGCUUUCUCUGUAACUACAUGCGGCACCAACUUCAGCGAUACACUAAAAACAAGAGAUCCCUUUAUUGUGAACAUGCAGCUUCAGAUAAUAAUGGCAGCACUGUUCCUAAAACCAACCCAAGCAAGACCGUGGCUGAAGGAGCAGUUGUUUGUGGAGACAGAAAUACCACAAACCCUGACAUUUCUCCACCUAAACAGCCCCCAAAAGAAAAUUGUAUUAAAUCAGGGUCACCUGCAAGUAAAGGGGGAAGCCAUGCAGUGGAAUGUGGCUUAAAGUCACUUCCAGAACAGGUACAGGGAAGACAUCGUUCUAACCCUCUGAUAAUAUGCAGUCUGACAGACAGCACGUCACCUGAUUAUAUAUCAAACGAUAUUAAGCCGGAUUUUUUGUGUAAAAAACGAAUCCGUUUAGACAACGGUAUUAAAACACUUACAGAAAAGAUACACACAACAGAUGCAUCUACUUCUGCCUUUGGACGCAGUCUGGAUUCUGGAUUUCCAGUGAGUUCUCUUUCAAGAGCUAUAAAAGAGGAACCGGUUUCAUGGGAAGAAAGAAGCCAUUCCGGUUGCAGCAUGAAUCCACUGACAGAACAGAUAGAGAAGACAAAUACAUUUACUCCUAUUAUGGGAUACAGCUUUAAGAACAGCUUGUCAGCUAAUUAUUACUUAAAUGGUAUGAAAGAGGAAGUGACUUCAUUUGAAGGAGGAACCCGUUCAAUUUGCAGUAUUAAUCCCCUUGCAGAUCAGAUACAGAGAAAUAAAAUAUCUGCUCCUGUGAUGGGGUGUGGCCUAAACAACAGAGCAUCCGCUCUACAGCCCCACGUAUAUAGUAAAAAGCUGAAGAGUAAUGCCACGUGUUUGUCUCCUCUAAACACACCCUUGUUACAAGUCAUGUACUGCUGUGCCGUGUGCCACGCACGCUUUGCUAGUUACAAGGAUCUCGUCAGCCAUCUGAUAACUCACACAGAAGAAAAAACAAUCUCCUGCUCAAUCUGCGGGAAAAGUUUUAAACGCCAUGCAGAAUAUAUUCGCCAUCAGAAAAUCCACACGGGGGAGAAACCAUUCAUUUGUUCCGAGUGUGGCAAAUGCUUCAAACAGCGCUCUGAGCUGAACCUGCACCGAAGGGGACACACGGGAGAGAAGCCAUUUUCCUGUUCUGAGUGCGGCAAAUGUUUCAAGCGGCGCUCCAUUGUGGUGGAACAUCAGAGGAUUCACACGGGGGAGAAACCCUUCACUUGCUCCGAGUGCGGCAAAUGUUUCACACAGCGCUCGCACCUGAUUGUACACCGAAGAACUCACACAGGGAAGAAGCCAUUUUCUUGUUCUGUAUGUGGGAAAUGUUUCACGCGACACUCGCAACUGAUUCUUCAUCUCAGAACACAUACCGGAGAUUAAACAGAGAGAUUGUGAACGGGGCACAUGUUUUAAAUGUUACUUCCUCCGCAGUCCCGUUCUGUUGAAGUUCUUAUAAAUGUAGAGAGGCAUGGUCAUUGCCUUGGAAGGAAUAUGUACUAUGACUACGGGUGCAAAGAAUCUAAAAUUUAUAGGCGCCUCCCAUUUUAGUAUUAGUUGGGGUAAAACUGCGAUGCUGUAAAUAACUGUUAUCAUUCUGGACUUUGUAGGUCACAACUGUAACAUUAUAUACUGGAAAAUGUCCCCUCGUCUCUAUGUUGUGUCACAGAAACCCUGGGUGCCUUCUGAUGUCCUUUCUGAUAAUCAAGAGGCAGUGCACUGCUCUGUCUGGGGAAUGGGUGAGAGUUGGGAUAAAGAAAGCAGAAUAUUUAUUAGUAAGAUGAGUCUGUGUUAUGCAACCUGUUGGCUUGAUUUGGCCUCAUGCUUUCGUAUAGUUCACAGGAUUCAGAAAUGUUGAGCCAGCAGCCCUCUCACUAUACUUACACCCCAAUGUAUAACAGCCCCCCUCCACUGGCCUUGAUCUGCCCCCUUUACCUCUCCCUCCCUGCACAGUGUAUUACCUAUUUGGAAUCCUGAGUUCAAUAAGCAGUGCAGCGGAGUCCCCUCAGCACCAUCCUCUAUCCAUCUACAUCAUAUUCGGGUCUGUUCGCCAACACCGAGCCUGUAGGCACAUGCACAGUUGGGACUUCAAUUGCUCAUGCGCUUGCAGGCUCCGUGUCAGUGAACAGACCCGAAACCUAAUAUUCACUCUAUUUAUUCUCAAUUAUGAACAAGAUAACCUCAAUGUAAGUAAAAGGAUUUCAACCCCAUGUAAUGUGCUUCAACUCACAGCAUCUCCAACUGGCUGGGGUUGCUUGAGGCACUGCUUGAUGACUUUACAACCAUGACCUGCACAAAGGGAGCUUCUUAUGAAAGGAUAAUCCAGAGUUGUAGCUGCAAAUCCUUAAUGAACAGGGCUACCGUGUAUAUUGCUUUAUUGCACAUUAUCCAAACUGAUUUUCCAUUGGACCCCAUACACCCCCCCCCCCCCAUAUCAUUAUAUUCAGAUUACAUUUUCAUACCCAAACAAAGAGACCUCAGUUGGCCAAACAGAUAUUUUUGAGACAACACGCAGAUCAAGUUGGGUCAUAAAUGACUACGGAAAUGUAAAGGUGAACUAGCCAUUUCAUUUUUCAAUACAGAGUAACAUUGAACAUUUAGAGUCUCUUUGCCAAACUUGUUAUUGGGAAUGUACCAUUUAACUUUAUUGUUUUAUAUAAAAUAAUUAAUUAAAAUUAAGGGUCUUAUUAAAUAUUCUGUAUAUUCUGUGUUUGUUCUGAGCCUCUGUGUUUAUCACACACAUGAAAACAGAACUGAGCAACCACAGACGUACAGAAACUCCAGUUCUCUUUAUAGUUUGCCAUAUUGUUUAAAUUGGCUCUGUAUCCAAAUAGAAAAUGAAUGACUUACACAGAGGGUUCAUUUGCAAUUUACAUGAAUUUUAUAUUUUUAAAUAUUAAAAAAAAAAAGGUCCUGAAAGCCCUGAGGGGGAAGGGAGGCUACCCCUAUCUGAUCAUCAGGAGUUCAUAGACUUUUGCACAUGUGCCAAUCAAGUAGGAGAGGUGGGUGUAUGGCUUGGGUCUUUACACAUGGUGCUUAAUAGUGCCAGUCAAACUGCUGUUUAAGUCCAUUUUUAGUAUGUUAUAGAAUGGUUAAUUCUAAGCAACUUUUCAAUUGGCCUCAAUUUUGCUUAUUUUUUUUAAAAAAUUUUUUUUUUAAUUAUUUGCCUUUUUCUUCUGACUCUUUCCAGUUUUCAAAUGGGGGUGACGGACCCAUCUUAAAAACAAAUGCACUAUGAAGGUUACACAAUUGUUGUUAUUGCUACUUUUUAUUCCUCAUCUUUCUAUUCAGGCCUCUCCUAUUCAUAUUCCUGUCUCUUAUUCAAAUCAAUGCAUGGUUGCUAGGGGAAUUUGGAUCCUAGGAAUUGCAAAUGUUCUCAGAAUAUCACUCUCUGCCUUGUAUUAAAAGUUAAUUUAAAGGUGAACAACACAGGUAACACAAUAAGUAAGGUAAAUAUAAAACACAGAAUAACCACAAGUAGUUAUAGAUUAAUGAGUAUUGCUGUAGUACAUUGAAUUACGGGCUGCUCUUGGAAUUUCUAUCUAGCAUCCAAUCUCCAUCUUUUUCAUUAAUGCUCCUUUCCUUUGCUCCAGAUUCCCACACAGGCAUCAGUACAUACUUAGAAUGUUGCAUGCACAGACAGUGAAGGGUUGAUUAGGUCACUGAGUUGAUGAAAGGACAAACAUCCAGCCCUUAUGGUCCAUGUAUAUUCCCUCUGGCAAGGAAUUUUGUUGUUUUUUUGCCAUAUGUUGCACUGGAUAUUUAAAGUCAGUCGAUCUCCUUACAUGGCCAUACUUGCAGACUUGCUGUUGUUUCCAGAUUUAAUGUGAUUCCCUUGUUCUCUCUAUACAACACUGAGACAGCUGGGCAGCAGGACACAGAUACAGGCCCUAUCCUCAUUGCAGUAUUUCUUUGGGAGUUUCUUAUGAAUGGAACCGAAGGAGUAGGUUCAAGUAAAAAAAAAUCUAUGCGAUCAGCUUGUUGUUCUGGCUUAAGUGGGUAUCGCACAGAGAGGUCUUACAUUGCAGACAGGAUAAGCAAAUGUAGGGACCCAUAUGGGUUUAAUUGCCCCUAUGCCUUUAAAUCCCUAACCUUUCUCCCUAGUUACUAGGCAACAGC